UUUUCCGGGAAAAAGGAGCAAUAAUCCGACAUGUUUGUUUGUUUUGCACCCUGCCUUCUUAAUGAUGCAUUUACUGCGCCUCGUUAAAAGUUAAUGGAGUAGUUUAAUGGUUAACUGCACGUACGCGUACGUGUCAUCUCGCCGGAGCCCACGUACGCCUCAUAAGUGAGCGCUGCCACGGGGGGACUCAGCAGUGUUUCUCGCACCGCGACAGAACGGACGAGGCGGACCCGAGAACACGAUGGCGCUGGCCGAGGUGUCCAAACGCGACGACUCCCACUUCCCGGACAUCGUCGAGCUUAACGUCGGGGGUCAAGUGUACGUCACCAGGCUCCAAACUCUCAUCGCCGUGCCGGACUCGCUGCUGUGGCACAUGUUCAGCCGCAAGACCCCCAAGGAGCUGGCGAGGGACACCAAGGGUCGCUUCUUCCUGGACCGAGACGGCUUCUUGUUCCGCUACGUCCUCGACUACCUCCGCGACCUCACCUUGGUGCUGCCGGACUACUUCCCGGAGCGGAGUCGGCUGCGGAGGGAGGCGGACUUCUUCCAGCUGCGGGAGCUGGCCAAGCGGCUCAGCCCGCAUGUGAGCGAGGACAACCCCGAGGAGGUCGGACAAAGCGACGCCGAGGACGGCGCGCUGCAGGGCGGACCGCCGUGCGCCGCAGCCGGGGUCGCGGAGGUGGCUUUACGCGCGGCGGCGGCGGCCAUGCGCUCGCCGUCUCUGGACUCCAGGAAGUCGGGGUACAUCACCAUAGGCUACCGGGGCUCCUACACCAUCGGCCGGGACAUCCAGACCGACGCCAAGUUCCGGCGGGUGGCGCGCAUCACCGUGUGCGGGAAGACCUCCCUGGCCAAGGAGGUGUUCGGAGACACGCUGAACGAGAGCAGGGACCCGGACCGUCCGCCGGAGAGAUACACGUCCCGCUACUACCUCAAGUACAACUUCCUGGAGCAGGCCUUCGACAAGCUCACCGAGGUGGGCUUCCACAUGGUGGCCUGCAGCUCCACCGGCACCUGCGCCUACACCAGCAACGACCCCGGCGAGGACAAAAUAUGGACAAGUUACACCGAAUAUGUCUUCUGUCGAGAACAGUAGUCGAGCGAGGACACUUUGGCCUGCAAAUAAGACCCUUUGUAACCUACAAUGUUGCAGUAUAUGUUCCUUACAGUCAUUAUUACAGUAACCUCCACAAAUACAUUCAAUGUUUUUAACUUUUCUAACUGGCGUUCUAUCUCAAAAUGAUCAUCCGAUAAUAACCACAAAUAACUGUAGAUACCAUUUCUUAUUACUUUUGCUAACGGACCCUUUUAAAGAAUGGACACAGAGGCGGCGUGUGUAGGGCUAUAAUUGUGUGAGUAUGUACCGUAUUUUUCGGCGUAUAAGUCGCUCCGGAGUAUACGUCGCACCGGCUGAAAAUGCAUAAUAAAGAAGAAAAAACAUAUAUAAGUCGCAUUUUUUGGGGAAAUGUAUUUCAUAAAAGCCAACAGCAAGAAUAGACAUUUGAAAGGCAAUUUCAAAUAAAUCAAGAAUAGUGAACAACAGGCUGAAUAAGUGUACGUUAUAUGAGGCAUAAAUAACCAACUGGUAUGUUAACGUAACAUAUUAUGGUAAGAGCCAUUCAAAUAACUAUAACAUAUAGAACAUGCUAUACGUUUACCAAACAAUCUGUCACUCCUAAUCGCUAAAUCCCAUGAAAUAUUAUACGUCCAGUCUCUUACGUGAAUGACAUCAAUAAUAUUAUUUGAUAUUUUACGCUAAUGUGUUAAUAACUUCACACAUAAGUCGCUCCUGAGUAUAAGUCGCACCCCCGGCCAAACUAUGAAAAAAACUGCGAAAAAUAUGGUGUAUAUAUAUAUAUAUAUAUAUAUAUAUAUUAGAGAUUUUUGGCCGAUAAAUGCUUUAAAAUGUAAUAUCGGAAAUUAUCAGUAUUGUUUUUUAAAUUAUCGGUAUCUGUUUUUUAUUUUUAUUUUUUAUUAAAUCCACAUAAAAAACACAAGAUACACUUACAAUUAGUGCACCAAGCCAAAAAACCUCCCUCCCCCCAUUUACACUCAUUCACACAAAAGGGUUGUUUCUUUCUGUUAUUAAUAUUCUGCUUCCUACAUUAUAUAUCAAUAUAUAUCAAUACAGUCUGCAAGGGAUACAGUCCGUAAGCACACAUGAUUGUGCGUGCUGCUGCUCCACUAAUAGUACUAACCUUUAACACUUCAUUUUACUCAUUUUCAUUCAUUUCUAGUUUCUAUGUAACUGUUUUUUAUAUUGUUUUACUUUCUUUUUUAUUCAAGAAAAUGUUUUUAAUUUAUUUAUCUUAUUUUAUGAAUUAAAAAAAAAAGGACCUUAUCUUCACCAUACCUGGUUGUCCAAAUUAGGCAUAAUAAUGUGUUAAUUCCACGACUGUAUAUAUCGGUAUCGGUUGAUAUCGGUAUCGGUAAUUAAGAGUUGGACAAUAUCGGAAUGUCAUCCUCAAGCUCGGGUCCUCCACCAGAGGCCUGGGAGUUUGAGGGUUCUGCGCAGUAUCUUGGUUGUUCCUAGGACUGCGCUCCUCUGGACUGAGGCUUCAGAUGUUGUUCCUGGGAUCUGUUGGAGCCACUUUCCCAUGUUGGGGGUUACUGCCCCCAAGCGCCCUCACUACAACGGGGACCGCGCUAGCC